AUGAAGAAACUGAUGAAGAUGAUAAAGCGAAAACCUGAUCCGAAGCAACGUUUACGUGACUGGCAACGCAAACUUCGCCAGGAGUGCCGUGACAUCGAACGCCAAAUCCGAGAUAUACAAAAAGAAGAGAGAACGGUGCAGAAAGCUAUUAAAGAAGCUGCUGAGCGGAAUGAUAUGGUCUCAGCUAAGUCUUUAGCUGUUGCUGGAACCGUUGGGGUUCUGUCCAAGAGUGCAGAAGUUAUGAAGCUUGUCAAUAAUCUCAUCAAGGCUCCACAAAUGGCAGCUACUAUGCAGGAGUUCAGCAAAGAGAUGACUAAGGCUGGAGUUAUUGAAGAGUUUGUGAGUGAUGCCAUUGACAAUGCACUAGAUUCUGAGGAUAUGGAAGAAGAGAUUGACGAUGAGGUUGAUAAAGUAUUGACUGCUAUUGCUGGAGAAACCGCUGCUGAGCUCCCAGAAGCUGUCAAGAAGGAAAGGAUGAAAGUACCUGCGCAGAAGGCCAGCACUUCCCUCGAGGAAGAGGCAGUAGAAGGUGUUGAUAAUGAGGAAGAACUGGAAGAUAUUGGAGCUCGGCUAGCUAAGUUAGAUCCUAACUGAUUCCCAUGACUCUUUACACACGAUUACUCUUGAAAGGUGAUGAGUAUAUACGGAGGUUGCAGCCAAUAUUUUGUACAGUACUUGAAUUACCGCAUACAAUGUAAAUAUAAGGCACCUUUUGUGAACAAUCCG